AUGUUAUUGAGUGAGGAGGAGGUGCCAAAAUUAUUAAAAAGGAAGCAUGUUAUAUCAGGAUAUCGACCAUUGAAUCAAUCCACGUGGUUUUAUUUGAAAUCUGCAUUCACUUCACAUAAUGAAGUGGUGAGUCCCAUCAACAUCUUUGAAGCUAAAAAAAAAGAAACAUACAUUUCAGUUUAAUGUUUGGACACAUUUUCUGCCUGGGAUAAUAUUCCUCUUCACUUAUCUUAUACCUGAAUUACGAUCUGAUCAUCCACGAGUACCCGUAAUUAUUUUAGCCGUUGGUAUAGUUCAUCUGUUAGUCGCUUCUGGAACUGCACAUUUGAUGCAUUCUCGAUCACAACUUAGUCAUGUUUUUUGGUUUUUGAUUGAUUUUAGUGGUAUUGCACUUUUUGGAAUUACGAUUGGUUUACAACGAUAUAGUUGUAGCGAUGAUUUAGGGCUUUUUAUGAGUGUGGUAAGUGUUUCAGGGUUUUUUUUUAACUUUGGGAAAUUGUUUUGAAAUUCCAAAAAAAAAAUUUAAUGUAAAAUUUUUGAGAAACAGUUUACGUUACCCCAAAAAAAUGAUUUUAAUAGGAGAAACCAUUUUCGAAAUUAAUUUUUGAGAUUAAGGCCACGUGGAAAACUAAUAAUUGAAUUUUGAAAUUCAUUCCGUUAUUUUUUCAGGCCUAUGUUCCACUUCUUCUCAUAGUUGUUCUAAUCGGCCAAUAUUUCUCAACAUGCUAUCUUUUUUGUUUUCCAACCUCAUUACAAACAUCGAAUGGAACUUCGAAUGGGCUCUUGCUUCCUACUUGCAUGUUGGCUUUAUAUUCCAUUACAUUAUCGAUAUUUGUCUGA